CAUCGCUUCAUUUCCCCCAAUCUUUCCCCAUUCCAUCACUACCUUCUCCUCCUCAUUCUCCCCCCCACUCCACCUCUUCUUCUUAUACAGGCCUUUUUUUAGCCUCCCUUUUCAGCUUCACCUUCCUGCCAUCAUGUUCCGCUCCGCUGUCGUCCGCUCCCUCAGGGCCUCCGUCCCUCGUGCCGUCAAGACUCCGGCUCCCUUCCAGAUCCGUAGCUCUCCUGUCGCUCGUCCGGCCCAAUUCGCCCCUCGCUUUGCCUACCAGGGUGUCAGACUCUACUCCGCUCCCGCCGGUCUCAACAAGGAUGAGGUUGAGGGUCGGAUAGUCAACCUUCUGAAGAACUUUGACAAGGUCUCCGAUGCUAGCAAGAUCAACGGUGCCUCUCACUUCGCGAACGACCUCGGUCUGGACAGCUUGGACACCGUUGAGGUCGUCAUGGCCAUUGAGGAGGAAUUCAGCAUUGAGAUCCCCGACAAGGAGGCCGACUCCAUCCACAGCGUUGACAAGGCUGUUGAGUACAUCCUUGGUCAGCCCGAUGCUCACUAAAUAUGAACGUAAUGCGAGGACUCGGAGUGGACUGGGGGAUUUAGAAUAGAAAGGAAAGGGACUUCUGGCGUGCAUCUACAUGGGACUUGCCAUAGUGGAGGUACCCGGAGUCGGUCACGCUACUCUGUAUGCUGAUACAUGCCUGUGCUCUUUCACUCUAUUAUAUCGUGUAUAUCAUCUUCAAUGCAG